CUCCCUGGCAGCCGGGGAGCUCCCGCGGCCACCGCAGCAGGGAUGUCCGAGAGCUCCUCCAGCAAGGAGGGAGCCCCGGGCGAGUGCCCCGUGUGCUACGAGAAGUUCCAGCCCCUGGAGGCCACGCACCGGCGCCUCAGCUGCGGCCACACGUUCUGCCACGACUGCCUGGUGAAGUGUCUGCUGUCGGCCAAGCUGGACGGGCACGUCCAGAGCAGCAUCAUCUGCCCCGUGUGCCGCUUCGUCACCUUCCUCAGCAAGAAGAAGGCUCUGUGGCCGCCCAGGGCGGGCACCAACCCCCGGACGCUGGAGAUGCCUCUGUCGCCAUCCUCCUUGUCCCAGCUGGCCAAAAGCCAGGCCAGCAACACGCUGGUGGUGCCCAGUCACUUUGUGAUGCCGGUGCAGAGCCUGGAGCGGUGCUCGGCGGGGCUGCCGGGGGUGCUGGCACGGGAAGCUCACAUCUUUGUCAUCAGCGACCACGGGAUGCCGCUGGUGGCCACGGACUGCGGCUCCCUGGGCAGGAGGAGCAGGACCAGCUCGGUGUCAUCCAGCCCGGCCCUGGGGCUGCAGUGCUGCCAGUCCCCCAUGGCCCUGGCCGUGAUGCUCGUCCUGACCGUGGCCAUGCUGGCGGCCGUGCUGCCGUGGCUGCUGCUGGUCAGGAGGGACUUGUAGCAGGGAUGGGGACACCGGAGUGGUGGCACUGCUGCUGGGACACGGCUGGGACCGGGGCCUCUCUCUGAAGGCUCCUGGAGAAAGCCCAGAAGCAGCUUCGGGUGAAGUUCUCUUGUCUGGCCAGGGACCAAAUGGACUUUCAGACCUUCCUGAAGAUCUCCAGGUGCUCGUGGUGUCACUGGUGGCAUUUCUGUCCUUUUUGGCUAAAAUCCGGCUGCCCAAACCCUGCUGGUGGCUUCCUCCAGGGUGUCUGUGGAGAGGAUCCCCCUGCACCCUGUGACAGCACCUGCAGGGGCCGAGGGUGCUGCCCCUGCUCUGGGUGCGCUGGGACUGCGGCACCGGGCACAGCUGAGGGCUCUGGGGUCAGGGCUGCCAGGCUGUGGGGCUGCUGGAGGUCCCCAAGCUCCCAGGACAUCGGGAUCACCGUGAUGCAGCCAGCUUGGAGCAGAAACUCACAGCUUCCAUCCCAGGGAUGGGGAAAUCAGAGCCUGCAGCUGCCAGGGGCAGUGAAACCAGAGGAUGGAGAGAAGGAUGCUGGCCCUGCUGAGCUCACCCUCCCCUCUGCCAGCCUCCCUACAGUGCCAUGGCUGGGAAGGGAGGACAGCUCACCCCACAGGCAGUCCCAGCCAUGCCCUUCCUCACCUCUCUCUGAGCUCGCCAUCCUCUCAUUGUCACAGCGUCCCUCCUGCCCGGGGGACCCAGGGACAGGAGCUGGGAGUAAACCCAAGUUCUGGCCAUCAGAAGGGGGCAGAUUUGGGAUCCUGCCCUGCUGUCCUUGCUAGAGCCCCUUGGCAGAGUGACAUUUCCUUGUCCCUGGAUGCCCUCCUGAGGUCUCACAGCCAGGGGCUCAUUUUCACCUGUGCCAAACAGCCUGGGCACUUCUCAGCCCCUCAAACCUCCUGGCUUUGCCCUCUUUGGGACUGGUCCCACCUGAGGGGACCCCAGUGUCAGCCCCCAGCCCAGAGCCCUGCUUUGGGAGGGCAGUGGGCAGCAGGGAGGCCCAGCUGGGAUUUGGGAAGCUCUGAGCCUGCUCUCAGGUUGCUGGACCCCUGCUGGUGCUGGGGUCACUCAUGGCAUUGUCCCCAGCCCAGUCUGCACCUGCAUCACCUUUGUCCUCCUGACCCAGUCCCUGGCCCUGUAGGUGCUGCUCUCACUCUGUCACCUGGGAAUGUGUCACUUCACUGUCACCCCAGUGUGAGCAGAGUGUCCCUCACUGUCCCCCAGUGCGAGCAGAGUGUCCCUCACUGUCCCCCAGUGUGAGCAGUGUCCCUCACUGUCACCCCAGUGUGAGCAGUGUCCCUCACUGUCACCCAGUGUGAGCAGAGUGUCCCUCACUGUCCCCUCAGUGUGAGCAGUGUCCCUCACUGUCCCCCAGUGUGAGCAGUGUCCCUCACUGUCCCCCAGUGUGAGCAGAGUGUCCCUCACUGUCCCCCAGUGUGAGCAGAGUGUCCCUCACUGUCCCCCAUGGGAGGUGACAGCGGGGCACAGGGCUGGCACAGGGCUGGCACAGGGCUCC